CUGUGCCAAAAGUGUAAUCGAAGGGCGAUUCGCCCGCCGCGCGCGAUUUCACGAGUGCCUAUCGCCGUCUACCGUCCCACUCUGUUGUUGCGCAAGUAUCGUCUGUCUCGCUCGGCUGGUUCAGGCCGCCACCUGAUAUCUAGUUCGCAUUUUCGCGGGUGUUUAGCCGAGAUAAGGUGGCAUCUUGACCGGGUAACAUUGCUUCAGCACAACACGAGCUCGACAUAAACCGCCAAAAUGUUUAAAAGUCAUUUAGAAAUGAUUGGCAGAAACGAGACGCCAUCAAAGAAAGCCAGAUUCUGGCAAUCUUUCGUGCGAUCUCUAAAAGGAUCUGAAGACAUCAGGGCCGAGGAGAGAUACAGGCCCACGCGCCGCAGCGUGUUCCCCGAACUCCUGUCCUCCUCCUACCCCUACAGCAAGUCGAUCUACGACGACCCCAUCGCCGCGGCCGAGAGGAUCACCGUCCCCGGCUACCGCUACCUGCCCGUCCACCGGGAGGUCUACGGCUACUCCCCACGCCCCAUCUACGCUCACAACUACUCGCGCUCCCUCGACCGGUACCGGCCAGUAUACCACGUGCCCAGGCGCGUGCGACGUGGCGUGGACCCCUUCGACGCGCACAAGGCGUGGCAGGACCACCUGGACAGGCUGGCCGCCAUCGACCGCCUGUACCCCUCUCGCUACGGCCUCUACCUGAAGGACAGGGCCUACCCCAUCACCGACCUGAGCGCACCCAUCACCGAACCCAAGAGCCUAAAAGGCAUCGAAUAUGAGCCCGACAACAAGCCGCACUGGGGAACAGGAGCGUGGCCAUCGAAGAUAUCGGACGUGUUCAAAACCGACCCAUUUUUCGCGGAAGCCGAAAGAUGGUCAGAUUUUGACCGCUCACUCCGAGGGAAGUCCCCGACUCCAGUGAAGCCGAGAAUAAGCCAACCUCGCGACUGCGAGGUGGCGUUUGAUGCCGACGGUGCUCCGCUGUACACCGCCGGCGGGCUCAGGCGCAGGCCUUGGGCCGACAUUUUCAACCCGAGCCCGUCCCUGCCGAUCUCGGCCAUCACUCGGGACCCCUUCUGGUACGACUGGCCGGAGCUCAAGCCCCUCGCGCGAUGGGACCGCAGCCCCUCUUACAUCCGCGACUCCUACCUGUCGCCAGUCAAACGCACCUUCCUUUGGGACAAGCACCCGAUCAGACCUCUAGAUUUAAUGGUGGCUGACGCGCUCACCGUGGAUGACCUAAGCAAGACUUUACCGUUCAUGCGUAGUCUAUAAAAUGCAAAUAUCCAGGUACCGACUCUACGUUCCUCACGUAGAUAGAGUCCCUUUUGAUAUCAGCACAUAUCCUAUGCAUUUUGUAGAGUUAAAUACGGUUGUUGUCACAGGAUGAAUGGAAUUGCCGUCGUUUGGCUGAAAAUAUGUUUGUAGUUUAAUUUGUUAAUGUCGAUCCAUGUGACAACAGCCUAAUUCAUGGCACCACAUCCUCAUUUCAAGUAUCAUAUUUUAUUAUCUCAAUGCAUCUACUUUUAGUGUUAAAGAAUGUUUGAAACCUUUUUCAAAA